UUUCGGCAUUUUAUUUUUAUCUAUGUCAAAGCAGGUCGAUGUACAUUGGCCUCGAUAUAUAGAUAGCACUUAUCACAGACAAUUGUUAGAACAACAAAUGUAUUAACAAUCGCAGUCAGUAUCCGACUUAUACCGUCAUAUGUCAGACGUGUUUAAUUAUAAUAGUGAUUAGUGUCUAUCGAUGAAUAGUUUGUAUAUUGACACGUGAUCUUUAUUGUCGAGAUGACAAGAUCCAGCUACAGGCCUCUAGUUCCUCGUUCUUCGAACAAUUCCUUGGAGAACCGGGAAAAUGGGACUACUUCGCCCCCUGGCGAACCGUUGGUUCGUGCACCAGCGGGCAAGCCACGCUGUCCGCCGGCUAUAUCCAGGCUGAGGGUGGAGAAGGUGGAGGGAGGACUGGCCGUAGCUGGUGUGGUUGUUGCAGCCAACUGCCAGAUAGUUCUCCCUAUAUUCGGGUUUCUUUUCAUGCUUGUUGGAUGCGUAUUAACUGCGGCUUCGUAUCGUGGUUGCGGUGAGAAUGAGGAGCCUGACCACUAUGCGGCUCGGAUCGCCUUCACUGGGAACUCGCGCGUGCUCGGACCGGUCUGCAUCGUCGCCGGGGCCAUCAUGACCUUAGCUGGUAUCGUGUUGUGUAUGCUGAUGAGAGCGGCACAAAAACGACAACGAAGACUCGCCUUCCACUGUCCUAUACACGGUGACUUCUAUCCACUCAGCCCACAAAAUAGCAGGAAAUAUACACGUAGUCCACGUGGCAUCUGGAGAUGGCUGCGUGGUUGGUUGGGCAUGGUAGAGGAGGGCGAGGCUCCCCGUUGUCCCCGCUCAGUGGAGCCUGCCUCGCCAGCAAGAGCGGAUGCCCCCUGCCCGCCACCAUUACCCUUUCUCGUCCCUAGCGAUUCUGUUGUAGGGAUGGCGUCAGUGCUGGGUGUACCAUUAAGUCCAGAACAAACUUUCGGGUCUAUCAAGUCACUGGCUAUCUCACGAGAGGUGGCCAGCUUCCCAUUGUCACGAUCGCCGACUCCACCACCUCUUAGCUAUCCACCGUUCAAGGAUGAAUCUAAAACAAUCGAGAGCAUCCCAAAUGCUGUGUCCCCCACGGACUUCGAUUGCGGGUCAACGACUUGCAACUACCGCGUUGUUGAAUGCAAGCUAACUACUACGAACGAAUUGUGCCGUAGUGCUCAAAACCCACGUACCACACAGACAGACCAAAAACAAAGGCCGGCAACAGUGUGCAUUGUCAUACCAGACGAAGGCAAGGGCUAAUAGAUAUUAAGUGUAGAUAAAAAAUAUAGACAGUGUUCAAAUUUGGAAUGGCUGUUCAAAUUGAUAACCGUUUGUGGUUAAUGUUGCUAGUUUUUAUAUGUUAAUAGUGUUAACUUGUAAUGUGUGCAAAUGACUGAGUGUCCAGUGACCAUUCCAACGGCAAAACACGUGUGGAUAUCGUUUUUUUUAUUAACUUAACGUGGAAUUAACAAGUUUUCUGCUCAAUCACGUCGGUCUUCCUCUAUCGCUUUUAAAAUACCAAACAAUUUGUGCACCAGAUAACUUUGUACUUGUUUUUUUCCUGCACCUAUUUAAAUUAUUAAAAUAUUUACAAUUUUGAAUCUGGAACACCUAAAAUAAUAAACGGUUUUCAGUCACUGAAUGUUUUCUUGCUUGUAAAGUGUAUCAAAUAAAUGUUUGUUGUAUGUUCUAUUAUCAAAUGUGAAGGAAUAGUAAAGCAUUUGUAUUUUGUAAUGAAACACUGCUCACUAAUAUUUAUAAUAAUUUAAGAUAAUCUUAUUUUCGCACUUGGUUUGAGAAUAAAAGCGUAUGUGUUCUUGUGACUUUGUAUGCGUUUACACCAUCGACCUACGCAGUUCUUUAAAACAAUGUUUCAUAGUAAAAAUCAUAAAAAUUUAACCGUUUGACUUGAUGAUGAAAAAUUUUACUAAGCUCUAAGUUCACUUGUUCUUGAUUUUUCAUGUAUGUCGUACGAUUUUUGGCUCAGUAGAUUGGUGUUCCUAAUUUUGUAGUCUUUAGUAUCUAAUAUAUUCACAUUUUAUUUCAUAUAUAGAGUGGCUAGAUAAACAUAGUUAUAUAGAUAAAUAUACUCAAUGUAGAACGUAAGCCAUGAGAUAUAUUUUAAGGCGACGUAACUUUUGAAUUAUAACAUUUGAUUAUCUGGCAACACUCAAUUUUAAAUGAAUUAUAAGAAAUUAUUAACUUUAACCUAUUUCAUUGUCUUAAAAUAAUAGUAAUUACAGCAGUUAUUUUAGAUAUAAAUCCAUAUUGUGAUAUUUGUUUUAAUGUGAAUAAUUUAUGUAUUUGUUUGGAAGGAGGAGCCAAAAAUGUUGCCAAAUUUCACUAUGUAUCUAUCGCGUCCAUCUUCUAUUCAGUAAUGUGCUCACAAAAGACAAUUUGAUUUUAGACAUUUUAGGUUCUGGAUAUAUAUUUAGAUAUGAAAUAGGAUAGAUAUAUAAACAAUUUCAUUUUGUGAUUGAGGCAUUUAUUGGCCGAGUUAUUGUGUAAGGUAUGUAAUUUUUAUGAUAGUUAAGUGCCACGCCUAAGGAAUAUUGUAUACAUAGGCUUAUUUAAUAUUGUUAUAGGUAUUAAAUAUGAAAUAAAAAUACAAAUUUUGAUUUAAA